UUAAUGACAUAUAUUUUGCUGACAUUGACAGAGGUUACAGCUCAGGGUCGCCUUCUACAAGUAAAAACUUAAACUAAACAUGUUGUUUCUGUCUACAGAAUUAAAAAGUGUAUCUUCCAUUCUUGUUGAUAAGUGGAAAGUAGAUGCACUUUUAUCUGUGCCAAAAUUCAAUAAAAGAAAGUGCAUGCAGUUCGCCAGAGCCGUAAUAAAUAAAUUUCUUUUUUGAAUGUAUCUUCUUUCCUUUUAUUUCGUCUAAUCAAUCCAGCUCAAUCAUGAAAGUGUAGGAAGCUCCAUUUAAGCAGUCUUUAACACAACACUUAAAAGUGGCAGAAAUGUUAGAUCUUCUGAAGAAGGAAUGACAAAAAUGCAGUUUUUUUAAGUGUGACCAGUAACAUGGUGUGCCUUAUGAUAAUAGAAAAAAACAAAAUUGGUCAGUUAAAAUGAGCAAAAUAUAUGAAAACGAAUCAGGUUGUUUAAUCUCCCAUGAGAAAUUCAUCAAUGAUAUUUACACAAACCUUUUAGAUGUACCUGGAAGAAGCUAUCACAUAAAUCCAAACAUUUUUAAAAUAGACACUACCUAUAAAACUUCUGGGCAGUCGAAAUCCAAAAGAUCUAAAAAUGUACAACCAAGAAAUGAAUUUGAAGACCACAGAAAGGAGCAAGAUGUAGUUAAAUUCAAAUAUGACAACUUCCUCUCAGCAUGUAGGAAUUAUUUCAAUAAUAGCAGUGAGGAACUACAAUCUUUAACUAAUAAUUUGGCACUAGAGGCUGCAGAUGUUAUUCAAAACAAUAGUGAGAACAGUGUUUCAGAUAUGAAUGGAGCAAAUGAUGGUCCUGCUGUUGUCAAAGAAAUAAAUGGAGAUAAAUAUGUGUUCCCGGAAAAAUGUGAAUUUUAUUGCAAAAAUGUUUUUGAUAUGGAUAAACACUUACACAGUAGAAAAUUUGACCUAAUUUUGUUAGAUCCACCCUGGUGGAACAAAUAUAUUCGCAGAAAGAGGAAGAAAUCAUCAGAUGGAUACAGCAUGAUGUACAACGAAGAUUUAAAAAAUCUGCCCAUAGGUAACUUAUUAUCAGAUGAUGGGCUCGUUGCAGUAUGGUGUACAAACUCAAAGCAAAAUCUCGAUGCCUUAUUAAACGAGGUAUUUCCAAAAUGGAAUGUGCAAUUCACUGCAAAAUGGUUCUGGUUAAAGGUAACAACAAGAGGAGAACCUAUUUGUCCGUUUUUUGAUCCUCCCGGAAAGCAACCUUAUGAAAGGUUGGUUUUUGGCCACCGAAGCAGAACUACCCUUUUGCCCGAAGAUGGUAAAUUGUUGGUCAGUGUACCCAGCGCCCUACAUUCCCACAAGCCUCCUUUAGUUGACGUUCUUAAAGAAUAUUUGCCGGAGAAUCCGCGAUGUUUAGAAGUAUUUGCCAGAUAUCUUCUUCCUAACUGGACCAGUUACGGAAAUGAAGUUAUCAAACUUCAGCAUGAUAGUGUUUUUGUUUUAAGGUGAUGAGUUGUAUUUUAUUUCGACGGAAGGAUAAUUUUGCGACCUUUGAGAGGACGGUCGUGUUUUUUUUUUUGUAAGAAUUUCAAGCAAAAAUAAAAUAUGAAUUAAUAAGAAAAAUUCUAUUAAAAAUGACGCUGUGAAAUUCUAUGAAGUAAAAGUACUAUAGUUACCUAAUAAUAAAAAUUAAAAUUUUA